CCUCCAUCAGCAUCGCGCGAUUCUGACUUGGCCCUCUCCGAAUAUCGAAUAGAAUACUCCCUCUUUUUCUUUUUACGUCUGUGUACCCGCCAUAUCACCAAUUCGCCCAUAAUGACUGCCAGAUCCGCGUCGAUUCUUCGUCGCUCUCUGCUUUAUGUCCCUGCGUCAUCGCAGAAGAUGCUCACAAAGUCGCUGUCUCUCACAUCUGAUAACAUAACAUACGACCUAGAAGACUCGGUCACGCCUACAGCCAAACCCUCCGCGCGCCAGCACCUCAAAAACCACCUUUCGUCAUUGACAUCACACCCACCAUCCAUUUCAGAGCUAGCAAUACGCAUAAACGCUGUAUCGACGCCUUUUGCUCUACAAGAUCUCACAAAUCUAUGUACUAGCGACAUGGUUGAUGCGGUCGUUGUACCUAAAGUCGAAUCGGCAGCAGACCUCUCCUUCGUUACGGAUGUUAUUCGACACGUAGCGCCUCAACGCCACGUUAACGACAGUCAAAAUCCAAUCAAAAUCAUUGCUUUAAUCGAAAGUGCUCGCGCAGUCAUGGAUCUCUCCGCUAUUUGCCAAGCUUCUCCGUACCUAAGCGGACUCAUAUUUGCAGCUGAAGAUUUCGCCCUCGACCUCUCCAUCACCCGCACGCCAUCUCUUACCGAGUUUCUAUACGCUCGUUCCGCCAUUGUUACUGCUGCUCGCGCAUUCGGUCUACCAAGCGCCAUUGACUUGGUUUGUACGUCCUUCCGCGGUGAAGAAGGCCUCCAGGCCCUUCGACAGGAAUGUGAAGGCGGCAAGGCCAUGGGUUUCAACGGCAAGCAGUGCAUUCAUCCAUCACAAGUGGAGGUAGUGCAAAGAUUGUAUGCUCCUACAGAAUAUGAAGUAGAAUGGGCUGUCCGUGUUGUCAUUGCGGAUGAGAAGGCGGCUGCGGCUGGUCGCGGAGCAUGGACACUGGAUGGCAAGAUGAUUGACGCACCAGUCAGUGGCAAAGCUAAAGCCAUAGUUGCCAAAGCUGAACAAUGUAGAAUGGAUGUUAAGUCACUCCAAAGCAAGUGGAAAGACCAGGAACCAGAGUAGAAGGCGAAUUUGGAAGAUAUUCCUAGUUAUCAUCAUGCUACCCAAAUCGUACUAUGCAAGGUAAUUACGUCUCCAAAAGUUGUCCAGGCCUUCAUUGCGUACGAGAGCCGAGGGCUCUAAUCUAGAAUGCCUUGAAGUGCAAUACAAUCUAUGGGUCUCUUGAUUAUGUCCCAAAGUACCAAAUCUAGCUUCCAUGAAUCGCCAAUCGUCAUCUGUGCUGAGGUCUUGUAGUAUCUGUUGAUCGACGCUUGCUACAGAAGCCAGUGGCCCAUAUUGAAUGCUCUGCACUCUUGAAUUGUAUACCUUGGGGAAGUGAGUUUUCUUUGUCGCCAAUUGACUUUCUGCUGCGGAUAGCCCGCGUAAGAGAUGUGUAUUCCUUUCCGAGUGGUCAGACGUCUCCGGAACACAGCUCGCAUCAAAUUUGAAAUCAGAACGCCGUUCAAUUUGCAUCAAUACCUCCCAUGAACGGGCAACGCUUUGAGGGUGGGAUGUGGUCAAGUCUUUUGGAAUGCGUCUGUCAGUCGGACGCUCCAACGAACAACGUCUCUUCGCAUUUUCAGCCAUGUUUCCAACCAUAGGGGAUAUUCUAGCAGUAUUUGGAAAUUCGGGUGUACAUCUUGCCCUGCCUUGAACAAUAUCAUUUAGUUUAUCUUUCCUCUGUU